AUGAUCUAAUAGAGAAUAUUGUAUUUAGAAAAAGAAGAAUUUAAUAAAUGGAAUCAUACUAGAUAGAACAAAAUUAAAAAUUUAAUAUAAUAAUUAAGAUAGAAAUAAAUUAUAGAAUUAAAUGCUUUGUAAUAACGUAUACUUUCAGUACAAGAAGAAUUAAGUAAAAAUAAAUCUUAAGAAUUAUAAAAGUAUUUUAUAAUAAUAUAUAAUUAAUAUAGAAUGCUAUCAAAAUAUUAACAUGUAAGAAAAGAAUUAGAGAAUUAAUAGAAUUAAGAAAUCAAUAGACUUGAAAAAUCCAUUAAAAAUUAAUCAAUUAUGUCUAAAAUGAAUUCUUAAAUGAAAAAACCAUAAGAUGAAAAUUACAAUCUCAAAUGA